AUGACCAAGUAUAUCACAUGGGCCAAGGAAUGCCGUUUGGCCGCGACAAGGGCCAAAUCUUCCGUCAGCAGUCCUGGUGCUCCCCCUUUUGAUCCGUGGCUCCGCAAAGACGUUUCACUGCGGGUAACUGGUCAAAGUGGCGAACCAAAGCAUGUCCGUGGAAGGAAGCGUAUCGGAUUGGGAGCGUUGGACGACUGUUGA